AUUCCACCAAUAGACAAUCGAGGCUUAGUGACGCAACUUCCUGACCGGCAAGUUUGCGGGAAGUUUGUUCCGUAAACACUUAAGCCCUAAAUCAACCGCGAUCAUUUAUAUUGCGAUGCCCCCUAAAGCCAAAGCGACCGGCAGAGCCAGAGCUCCUGCGAAGAGGAAGCUGGCCGAGGAGUUUCCCCCUGGAGAAGUUCUCACAGACACCGGGAAGAAAUCCUGGAAGCUGGGAGCUCCGGUGGGCCAGGGGGGGUUCGGCCUGAUUUAUCUGGCGGAUCAGAACUCUGACAAACCUGUUGGUAAAGAAGCGCCGUACGUCAUCAAAGUGGAACCCAGCGAAAACGGGCCGCUGUUCUCCGAGCUGCAUUUCUACAUGAGAGCCGCCAAGCCCGAUCUCAUCCAGACCUGGAUGAAGACCCAGAAGUUGAAGCAUUUGGGGGUUCCCCGUUAUUGGGGCUCCGGUCUGCAUGAGAAAGGAGGGAAAAGGUAUCGCUUCAUGGUGAUUGACAGACUCGGCACAGACCUGCAGAAGAAGUUUGAAGAAUGUGGGAAGAGAUUCCCCAGAAAACUGGUCCUGCAGCUCGGUCUCCGCCUGCUGGACAUUUUGGAGUUCAUCCACGAGCAUGAGUACGUGCACGCCGACGUCAAAGCGUCCAACCUCAUGCUGAGCCACAGUGACCCCAACCAGGUUUAUCUGGUAGAUUACGGCCUGGCAUACAGAUACGCUCCUGAUGGCGUCCUGAAAGAGUACAAGGAGGAUCCCAAGAAAUGCCACGAUGGAACCAUAGAGUUCACCAGCAUCGAUGCCCACAAAGGAGUCGCUCCUUGCAGGCGGGGCGACUUGGAGAUCCUGUCCUACUGCAUGGUUCAGUGGCUGUGCGGACGUCUGCCUUGGGAGGACAAGCUCCAAGACCCCGUCUACGUCAGAGACUCCAAGAUCAGGAGUCAAGAAAACAUCUCAGAGUUUAUGUCCAAGUGUUUUUCCUCUCAAGAGAAACCCGAUGAGAUCCAGAGGUUCAUGGAGGAGGUGAAGUCUCUGGGGUACAAGGACAAGCCUCGGUACGAGAAGCUGCGCUCCGUCCUGCAGAGCGGACUCAAGAGUUUGCAGCAGAAAGACGACGGGCAGCUGGAGUUCACCGCCGUCAGCGGAGCGGCGCCUGCUCCUGCUCCUGCCAAGAAGACAAGAAAGAGAAAGAUGGCGGCAGAUAAACCAGAGGAGGGGGGCUCUAACGACACCCCUAUCAAGAAGACGAGAGAAGUGAAAAAGAAAGAGGUAAACGGAGUGAAGAAAAGCCCCAGAAAGCCUCCAGCAUCCCGGAAAGUUCCCGCCAAGUCCAAACUGGUGGAGAUGAGCACCCAGACGUCGCCGGGACUCGUCCAGAAAUCCAGAGGCAGGAAGAAAGCCAACCCGUGAACUUUCCUCCGUUUUUUCUACCGUUCACGCUCCCGUCCUUCCUCUGCUUUUUACUCACAGCCAGUGUUUGUUUGUUUGUUGCCUUGAAGGAAGAGCUGUUGAAAUAAAUGGAAAUAAAGUCACUCUCUUAUUUAGAAA